GCGCCCCGGGCCCGCCAACAUGAGCUGCUCGGCGGACGCCGUGAAGGACAGGCUGCUGUGGAACGUGAAGAAGGAGGUGAAGCAGAUCAUGGAAGAAGCUGUCACCCGGAAAUUUGUACAUGAAGACAGCAGUCACAUCAUCGCCUUAUGUGGUGUGGUGGAGGCGUGUCUCCUGCACAUGCUGAAGCGCAGGGCUGCCGGCUUCCUGCGCACUGACAAGGUGGCUGCACUCUUCACCAAGGUGGGCAAGACCUGUGCCAUAGCUGCAGAUGUGUGCAAGAAGGUGCAGGAGCUGCAGCAGCAGGUGGAGAGCAGGAAAAAUCAGCCAAAUGGGCAGGAACCACUCAAAAGGCAGGGAUCAACCACAAGCAAAACACCAGUCCUGACACCUCAGGCCAUCAAGCACAUCUGGGUUCGGACAGCCUUGAUUGAGAAGGUGCUGGACAAGAUUGUGCAGUACAUUGUUGAUAACUGCAGUAAAUACUAUGAAAAGGAAGCUUUACUGGCAGAUCCUGUUUGUGGCCCAAUACUGGCUUCCCUUCUAGUUGGACCGUGUGCUCUGGAGUACACCAAGCUCAAGACAGCUGACCACUACUGGACAGACCCCUCUGCCGACGAGCUGGUGCAGCGGCACCGCAUCCACGGCGCCCACGGCCGCCAGGACUCGCCCUGCAAGCGCCCAGCCCUGGGAAUCCGGAAGCGCCACUCGAGCGGCAGCGCGGCCGAAGAUCGCUUUGCUGCCUCUGCGCGGGAGUACGUGGAGUCCCUGCACCAGAACUCCCGCACUCACCUCCUCUACGGCAAGAACAACGUGCUGGUGCAGCCCAAGGAUGACUUGGAGGCAAUCCCUGGGUAUCUCUCCCUCCAUCAAUCAGCAGAUAGUUUGACAUUAAAAUGGACUCCAAACCAGCUGAUGAAUGGAACCCUUGGAGAUUCAGAACUGGAGAAAAGUGUUUACUGGGACUAUGCAUUGAUUGUGCCACUGAGCCAGAUUGUCUGCAUCCACUGCCAUCAGCAACCAGAAAGCAGAUGGACAUUAGUGCUGGUGAGUCAGGAUGGGACCCAGAGGCCUCCACUGCACUUCCCCCAAGGAGGGCACCUCCUCGCCUUCCUGUCCUGCCUGGAGAAUGGGCUCCUGCCCCGGGGCCAGCUGGAGCCCCCACUGUGGUCCCAGCAAGGCAAGGGCAAGGUGUUUCCAAAGCUUCGAAAACGGAACAGCAACAAAUCAGUGGAUCUGGAGGAGAUGCCAGCUGAGGACACAUCCACAGACUAUGUCUUCAGAAUUAUUUAUCCUGGACACAAGCAUGAUAACACUGCCAGCCGCUCUACCUCUGUUGACGAUGAUGAGGAGGAGGAAGAUAAGCUCCACGCAAUGCUAUCAAUGAUCUGCUCUCGGAACCUCACAGCUCCUAAUAGGAUGAAAGACACCAGUGAGAUGAUAGAGAUGCAAGGCUUUGGGGCAAACGUGCUGUCGUGGCAGCUGGAGCACUGCAGCCAGGGCUCCUCCUGUAUCUCCUGCUCCAUGGGCAGCUCUCCCUACGACAUUCCCAGCUGCUGCAGCUGCAUCCACGACCGAACUCCACUAAAGAUGUUGUGUGAAAGCAUGAAGAGGCAGAUCAUUUCCAGAGCCUUUUAUGGAUGGCUGGCUCACUGCCGUCACCUGUCCACGGUGCGCACGCACCUCUCGGCGCUGGUGAACCACAGCAUCGUGCCCCAGGACAGACCCGCCAGCGCCGCCGCCGGCCUCACCAAGGAGGUCUGGAGCAAGUACCAGAAGGACAGGAAGAACUACAAGGAACUGGAAUUACUAAGAAGAGUUUACUAUGGUGGGGUCCAGCAUGAGAUUCGGAAGGAAGUGUGGCCAUUCUUGUUAGGUCACUACAAAUUUGGCAUGGCCAAGAAGGAGAUGGACCAGGUGGAUGCAGACAUUGCUCUGAGGUACCAGAAGGUGAUGGCUGAGUGGAAAGCCUGCGAGGUCAUUGUGAAGCAGCGAGAGAAGGAGUCACACUCAGCCACGCUGGCCAAGUUUUCAUCGGGCAGCAGCAUUGACAGCCACGUCCAGAGGCUCAUCCACAGGGACUCCACCAUCAGCAAUGAUGUGUUUAUAUCUGUGGAUGAAACAGACUCCGUGGAGCAGGACCCCAAGGGGCAGGAGGACCCCACGCUGACAGCAGCACCAGCCCCUGCAGCUGUGGAGUUUGACUCGCCUGACUCGGGGCUGCCAUCCUCCAGGAACUACUCGGUGACCUCGGGCAUCCUGUCCAGCAUCGACGACGGCCAGAGCGGCUCCUUCGAGGAGGAAGGCAGCACUGAGGAGGGCAGGACUGAGCCGGGCACAGCCUGUGUGCAGAGGGCCAAGGCAGGGCUGCUGCAGGCCCAGGACUCUGUGUCAGAGGAGCAGCUGUGUGCCCAGGAUUAUUUAGUGGAUGUCGCCUCUGUCUGUGCUGCCUCCUACACAAUAGAGUUAUUGGACACUGUUGCCUUAAAUUUGCACAGAAUUGAUAAAGAUGUCCAGAGAUGUGACAGGAAUUACUGGUAUUUUACUGCUGAGAACCUGGAGAAGCUCCGAAAUGUCAUGUGCAGCUAUGUCUGGGAGCACCUAGAAGUUGGUUAUGUCCAAGGCAUGUGUGACCUCCUGGCUCCUUUGAUGGUUAUUCUUGACAAUGAUCAGCUGGCCUACAGCUGCUUCAGCCACCUGAUGAAGAGGAUGAGCCAGAACUUCCCCAAUGGAGGUGCCAUGGACACACACUUUGCCAACAUGAGGUCCCUCAUCCAGAUUCUGGACUCAGAACUUUUUGAAUUGAUGCACCAGAAUGGAGAUUACACUCAUUUUUACUUCUGCUAUCGCUGGUUCCUGCUUGACUUUAAAAGAGAAUUGUUGUACGAGGAUGUAUUUACAGUGUGGGAAGUUAUUUGGGCAGCAAAGCACAUCUCUUCAGAACAUUUUGUCCUUUUCAUUGCCUUAGCACUUGUGGAAGUUUAUCGAGAGAUUAUCCGUGAUAACAACAUGGACUUCACUGAUAUCAUCAAGUUUUUUAAUGAAAUGGCUGAGCACCACGAUGCUGCAGAGAUCCUGAGGAUAGCCAGAGACCUUGUCUACAAAGUGCAGACACUGAUUGAGAACAAGUGACCAUGGACUGGCUGUCCUGGGGCCUCGCUGGGAGCCACUGGAUGGAGCAUUCCUUGCACUGUAAUUCCAAAUGGUGUUUUAAUUGCAUCUUCCAUGUAAUGUAAUAAAUAUUGAGGAGAUGGUAACAGACUUUUAAAACCCAAACUUUCCCUUCACCAGAUGAGGUUGGUGUUUGAUAGUCCUUGUUACACUCACUUUGUAUUUCUAGACAAAAUCUUUUUGCAUUCUCUAUUUCCCUCUCUAGAAGACAUCUGUCUACAUCUUUGUGAUGUUGAAAGGGGGGAUUUGACAAACUGCAACAUUUCUAUUUUGACUUACUGCACCUGUAAAGCCUGGAUGCACCUUGUGUGCUCUGCCAGAAGCUGCUGUGGAGGCGAGGCUGGGCCCACUGUGGCAGGCACUGGCUGGGUCCUGGGAGGAGCAGGGUCCUGGGCUCAGUCUUUGCCUUGAACACGGAAGAGAAUGUGUCUGAGCUCAUAUUGCCAAAACAUUUGGGUUUGUAUUUAGCAGUGAUUAAAGCUGAUAAGGCUCCUGGCUGGGA